AUGGCAGGAUCCGAUGAGAGCAACAGGAGCGAUUCGGCUGAGCCUCAGUCUCACAAGGGUCCAAACCUGGUUCACAGGCAUCACCCCAACAUAGUGCCAGCUAACCACGGCGCUGCUAUCACCGAGGCCGGGGAGCGAACACAAGCUCAGGAGAGGGAGGACCGCAAAGCGCACGUCAAAGAGAUGGAGCAUGCUCGCAAUGAACCCGGCUUCAAAACAACGGACAGGAAUCCGAUUGGCAAGGAUUCGGGCAAGCAAGCAUCUGUGGCGAACAAGCUGAUGGAUUCUCGCAAGGCACACAAUGGUGUCAUGCAGUCAGACCGCUAG